AUCGAACCAUAUCGAUCGCCAGGCCAGUUGUGGUGUUGCAGAGUCGUCUCUUUUUAUUUUGAUCUAACACAAUGGCUGCCGUAUACAAGCAGCUCUCCAAGUCAGGCAAGACAGAUGGUGCGCGCACUCCCGAGGACAAGAAAACUAGGCAGAGGGUGCUGAUGCUGAGUUCGCGCGGCGUCACGCAUAGACACCGCCACCUCAUGAACGAUUUGUAUGCUCUCCUACCUCAUAGUCGCAAAGACGCAAAGCUCGACACCAAGACGAAACUCUAUCAACUCAACGAACUCGCCGAACUGUACAAUUGCAACAAUGUUCUUUUCUUCGAAGCACGCAAGGGCAAGGAUCUGUACGUAUGGAUGAGUAAAGCUCCCAACGGUCCUACGAUCAAGAUGCACCUUUACAACUUAAACACCAGCGCCGAACUACACUUCACAGGCAAUUGCCUCAAAGGCUCACGUCCUAUCCUCUCGUUUUCCUCUGCGUUCGACACGGACCCGCAUCUACGUGUCCUCAAAGAACUCUUCUCGCACAUCUUCGGCGUACCAAAGUCCAGUCGCAAAACCAAACCCUUCGUCGACCACGUCAUGGGCUUCACCGUGCAUGACAAUAAAGUAUGGAUCCGCGUCUUCCAGAUCGGCGAGGCCGAACAGACCAAGGUAGACAAGGCGGCUGCAAAAGCCGCAGCAAUUGCGAGUGGAAGUGACAAGGAGAAGAAAAGCAAAGCCAAGACUGAUGAGACAGAUAUUAGUCUAAUCGAGAUUGGACCUAGAUUUGUCCUCACGCCGAUCGUGAUCUUGCAAGGUAGUUUCGGUGGGCCAGUGAUCUACGAGAACAAGGAGUUUGUGAGUCCCAACCAGGUGCGCUCAGAGCUGCGACUGGGCAAGGCUGCAAAGUUGAGAAGGAGGACACAACAGGCGACAGAGAAGACGCUCAAGCGUGGCGAACUGGGCUUGAAUACAGACGGUGGGAAGAAGAAGCCGAGAGAUGCCCUGGACAAUCGUGUACUGUUUGCUUGAAAAAUGUUCUGAUAUCCCGGAUUCUUGCUGUUGGCUGCAUUUUAUGGUGUUUGGCGCUGAACAGUAGUGUGUCACAAAAAGUUUAUAGAGUUCUGGAAGACUCAGCAGCGCCAAUGUCGGUGUCAUAUCGAACAGUGUGACCCUGUAUAGCAGUAUAGAUCCUACUUUUGCCCAAGAUCACCUAUCGCCAUAUUU